AUGUUGGCGAGAAGAUUUAUUUCCUUGUUCAAGAGCUCCUCAACUUCUCGAAUUUCAAGUGGAGGGAAGUCCGUGGAUGAAGGAAAGAGCAAGUCAUUUGGUCGAAAGGCAGUUUCUUUUAUGUUGGUUACAGUUACUGGUGGUGUUGCUUUGAGUGCUCUUGAUGAUCUUGCCAUUUAUCAUGGCUGUAGCAGCAAAGCUAUAGAGAAAGCCAGUUAUAGUCAAGAAAUCAAAGAUGCUAUUGGGGAGCCAAUAGUCAAAGGUCCAUGGUACAAUGCAUCUCUUGCAGUAGCUCACAAGAGGCAAUCUGUUUCUUGCACAUUUCCUGUGGCUGGACCACAUGGCAAUGGAGUAUUCCAGUUGAAGGCAGUUCGCAAUGGAGAUGACAAUUGGUUUUCAUUUUUUCUUCAUCGGGACUGGGAAAUACUGAUAAUGGAAGCUCUCCUUCAUAUCCCUUCUAAUGAAGACAAGCAGCAAACUAUGCGGAUUAGUCUCUUAGAUGGUUUCCAGUCUCCGGCUUGUAAAACAUGCACCGAGUGCCCACAGCAGGAAUCUCAAAAUCCAGAGAAGAAAUGA